AAAACAGGGUGUUUGGCGAUGAUAGGGCCCCUUUCUACAGCAGCGGUUGGUCGUGUGGCGGUGCUUUCUUCUCUUUGGUUCUGCGUCUCCCAGCUUUGACCCACUCUGAUCAGUUUCUCAUCACGUUUGCCUUUUUGGAACAUUUACCAGGCUUCGAGUCUCUUGCAAAGAGGUGAUCAGUCACUGCAAGUAGAAUCUAGGAGUAGAAACUUCAGCCAUUUGCUUAUCGUGAGAAACAUGGUAUUGACGGAGAAAGAACGCGUCCUCGAGGUCUGGCAGAAUGCCGACGCAGUGUGCUUUGACGUCGACAGCACGGUGAUUCGUGAAGAAGGUCUCGAUCACCUAGCCGCGUAUCUGGGAAAGGGAGAAGCCGUUGCUGCUCUGACGAGAGCGGCAAUGGGUGGUGGAAUGACAUUCCGCACAUCGCUGCAGAAGCGUAUGGACUUGUGCAAGCCAUCCCUAGCGCAGGUGGAAAGCUUUGUGGACAAGUCUGGCUUCACACUGACUGAUGGCAUCCAAGAAAUCGUCGAAGCUCUCCAUGAGCGCGGCACGCAUGUCUAUAUGGUGUCCGGUGGAUUUUCCCAUCUGAUCGAGCCCAUUGCAGACCAGCUACACAUCCCGCACGAGAACAUCUUUUGUAAUGUGAUGCAGUUCGAUGAGAGAGGAAACUACAUCGGAUUCGACUUAAAUCAACCGACAUCCAGAGCCGGCGGCAAGCCAGCUGUGGUACAGCAGCUAAUUGACAGGCACGGUUACAAAAAUGUCGUGAUGGUCGGAGAUGGAGCAACAGAUCUGGAGGCCAGCCCACCUGCACAUGCAUUCAUUGGAUUUGGCGGAAACUGCGUUCGCUCCCGGGUAGAAGCAGAGGCUCCGCUGUUUGUGAUGGAUUUUGGCGAGCUCCUUGAGGUGCUAUAGAUUCACACUGCUGACUACUCAUCUUUAGGCUCGAGAUUUUCCCCAUCCGUUUUUAUAUACCUUCCAUUGAAUGGCAAACAAAAGGAAAACACAUCAUUUCUUCUCUUGCACUCGGUCUUAGCAUUUAGUUCAGCUUUCAGCUCAAAUUAGCUCAUUAGCAUACCAAACGUUGUCAAACCCUUUCUACUCUUUUUAUUCCUUUUCCCACGCUACUUUGUUAUUUAUGAGAUACUCGAAUACCGCCUGGCGCGUCCCCCUCACCAGUGUGUGCGUGAAAUGUCAACUGGCUGGCCAUAGAACAGUCCGCAACACUGCCGUGCGCAUGUGUGCUGCACGGAUCCAUGCACCUUCUACCACUCGUGGCUGCUAUCAGCUUGCGUAUUUAUUUUUUAGUCAGUAAGGAGAUGUUCCUCUCUUUGCCUUUUAAAAGAACACUUCAACGUGUAAUUGUGUCCAUGCAUAUUAUUUGCUCUUUGUUGACUCUUGCUGGAUGAAGACUUGGUUUCAUCCAUUCUCUCUUUCUAGUCACCCUGCUCAUGCUUAUCAUUCUUCAUGGAAAGAUGAAUGUGGUGCUGGAGAGCAGUCAAUGA